AUGUUACAGAUAGUACCCAUACCAGUACAAGAAAGAGCCUCGACACCCUCACCAAAGUACUCGACAAUGGCACCAGUACCACCCUUGACGGUCAAGAUACCAGCAACCUUAAGAAUAACAUCCUUAGGAGAAGUCCAGCCAUUGAGCUUACCGGUCAACUUAACACCGAUAAUCUUAGGAGCCUUCAACUCCCAUGGCAAAUCGGCCAUGACAUCGACGGCAUCAGCACCACCGACACCAAUAGCCAACAUACCCAAACCACCGGCAUUAGGGGUGUGGGAAUCAGUACCGAUCAUAAGAGCACCAGGGAAAGCAUAG